GCCAAGGCCACCCCUUUCAGUUAUUAAUUAUUUUAUCCUUCUUUAUGGACCAAUGCCUCCCUUGUUACGUUACGAAGAGUGUGUGUGCCUAACCGAAUAAACGAACGGUGGAAUAUGUAAAAGUAGAGUGUCUACGUGCUUGAAAAGAGAGAAAAAGAGAUACAGGUACCGAGUUGUAAGCUACCGUAUACCAUUUUUCUGCCGCACAACGGAGCGACGUAACCCGACGUAACCCGACGUAACCCGACGAACAAAACAGUCAUGGACAUUGAAUAUUUCUGAGAAUAGUAAACGGAUCAAAUUUACACGUUUUUCGUUAUCACUUCAACGAUUAAACUCAACGACACUAAAGGCGAUUUUAGUGUAAUUCAAAUUUCUGGAACUGGAGUAAAUUGUGUGCUGUGAUAAAGGAUUAUGGAACCGUUUCUGUUAACAUCGAAAACAGCCUUGUCAAACUUGUCCGCCUACGAAAAAAUCCGCAUCAUUUUGGGUAAUGGAACUUGCGACUUGGAUUCUGCGGUAUCGGCCCUUGCUCAAGGAUUCUUCGACUACUUGGAUGGAAUGAAAAACGAUGCAACCAAGUUAGCGGUAAUUCCAGUAAUGAACAUACCUGAAAGAGAAUAUCGCGUGAAAACGGAAGUUGUAUUUUUCUUGAAACGUCACAAUAUACCUUUCACGUUAUUGACAUUUCGGGAUGAAAUUGAUUUGAAAAGGUUGAAGGAAAAGAAGGGAAUCACUCUGGAAAUUGUACUGGUCGAUCAUCAUCAGCUUCCGGAGGAAGAUGCGUUUUUAGCGGAUUUCGUGGUGAAAGUGAUCGAUCACAGGCCGCAAGACGCAAACUGGCUUUGGCCAGGUAGAACGGUACAGUUGGAGAGAGUAGGCAGCUGCGCGACUUUGGUGGCUAGAAAUUUACUCGACAGGUAUCCGGAAGCGAUGGAUACGCAACUUUUCAGUCUAUUGCGAGGUCCAAUUCUUAUCGACACCUGCAAUUUCUCGAAGGAGGCUGAUCGUGCGACUAGUGCCGACGUGGAAGUCGCACACCUUCUCGAGACACUCGGACAAUUGGAUCUGGAUAGAAGCAAAGCGUUCGACGAGAUCGUCGAAGCGAAAUCCGAUAUUAGUAAAUUAACUGUCGACGAUUUCUUAAUCAGAGAUUUAAAAGUCGCUAAUGGAGUGCCAAUCGUCGGAUUACCGAUAUUGGUCGAGAAAUUUCUCGAAUUACAAGACGUCUUUGGCGCGAUUAAAAAUUUUUCCAAAUCACGGAACGCUACAGUGAUCGUUUUCAUUGGAUUGGAGAUUCGAUCGCGACAACUGCACCGAGAUAUCGCAGUUUUCUCGUUCCUCCCCGUUAAUCCAUUGAAAGAUCAGAUAGUAAAAGCUCUAACGUCGUCCACGCAACCAUCCCUCCAGUUAACGUUGAUCAAAGAAACGAAUCAGGUCAAUGGGAAUGGCAGCUUACUUCUUUACGCGCAAGGAAAUUUACGCGUUACACGAAAACAAAUAUUACCUCUUGUUCGCGAUACCGUCACCUCGGCGAAUUGUCGGUGUUCUGUAAAUGUUUGGGAAGCAGUACGAGGAGCGGAUAUCAAGAUGCGCCGCACACUAUCGGUCGUCUCCUUUGGAAUGAUUCUAGUCGCGGCUUCCUCGCCCCGGGAACAAUCUACAGAAAAAAACAUUUUUGGGCAAUGUAUUCUUCCGCUUGGCAUGGAGGAGGGAAAGAUUCCGGAUGACGCGAUCACCGCUUCUUCCAGUUACGAGACGAAAUCGGUGGGCCCUCAAAACGCGAGGAUUCGACAAGAGAAGAACGGCGGCGCUUGGUGUCCAAAAGCUCAGAUUAGCAGCGCGAUACGAGAAUAUUUGGAGAUUGAUUUGACGCGAAACCAUUUGAUCGCCUGGACCGAAACUCAAGGACGAUUUGGCAACGGUCAAGGUCAAGAAUACGCAGAAGCCUUUUUUCUUGAGUAUUGGCGUGAUUCGAAGUGGCAUCAGUAUAAGAACUUGAAGGGUGACAGGGUGCUACGGGGAAACAGCAACACUUAUUUGGUGGAAAAGCAAAAGUUGGAUUUGCCGUUUAUCGCAAGCAGAGUACGAUUCGUACCUUACAGUCAACACCCUCGUACGGUUUGCAUGAGAGUCGAGAUAUAUGGAUGCGUGUGGGAACAAUAUGUGAUCAGAUACCAGGCACCAAAGGGAUCGAACAUUGGCCCCGGGGGAUGCAACGUUCAAGAUUCCUCGUACGACGGCAUCGAAACCGAUUCUCUUCUGAUCGACGGGCUGGGUCAAUUAACGGACGGGAUUUUAGGAGAAAUUCUAGAGAUUUUUAGCUGCUCGACGACCGGUACAAAUUGGAUAGGUUGGUCCGAACGCGACACUGUCCAGCUGAUAUUUCAUUUUCAGGAACCGCGAGAAUUUAAUAGUUGUUCCGUUCACGUCGCUCAUUUACCGGAACUAGAAAUUCAGAUGUUUUCAACGUUGCGAGUUUGGUUCUCCGUCGACGGUGAAAACUAUCAAUCGGAGCCAGAAAAGUUGGAAGCGAGCUCGAACAAUUCCAAUUCGUCGACCGGUGGUACCAUUUUAACCUCGAUCCCCUUACAAUCUAGGAUCGGACGAUCGGUCAAAAUCGAAUUUACCCUCACCCAGAGAAAGUGGUUGCUCGUUAGCGAAAUCAAUUUUCACACAGUAGGAGACAGUAGCAAGAAUCGUUCGACCGAUACUUACUUUUCGAUCGAUCGGUCCUCGUUUCGAACGAAUGAAAAUCAAUCGGAAUUACGAUCAACGUCGAUGAUCGCUUCAAAAUCCAUCGAGACGAUAUCGGGCUUGAACGAAACUGAAAUCUACGAAAUUCACCAAGACGACUCGACGCCGGACGCCUUUCCAGUUGGCACUUCGCAAACUUACAUCGGUCUGGUCAGCGGCUCGUUGACGAUUAUCGUCCUUUUCUUAACUUGCACCACCUUUCUGAUCAAGCAGAGGGGUCGUAACAAAGUGGCGCUCUUACAAAAACACACGGCCCUUCUCUGCGAUUCGUCCGCUCCCGGCAUCGCGAUCGUUCCAAACGUUAAAGACGUUAAAUUUUCAAAUUCGCUCGUGAACGGACUGUCGCUGGUUCGGAAACCGAUCACCAUCGUCGCGUCCAACGACUCGCGCGAUCGAUCGGAUAGUCAAACGAAUCCGACUCGCGCGAUCACCAAUUUCGACCAUCAUCCUCGUUCCAUCGUCUACGAAACAAGCUGUUAUAAGCUAUUCUCCGAGGAAAAUCUCGUUCUACCGGAAUCCAGCUCUUCUGCUCUUGCUACCGAGCCCUGCUCCUCCGACUUUAAGCGCAAGUCCAGUUUCACGAAAAACAAAGGUCCAGAAUUUACGAUAUCAGCUACGACGACGACGACGCCGACGACGACGACGACGACGACGACGACGACGGCAAAGACGAAUCAAAAAGUGCACGAAGGAUAUUACGCGGCAACCGACAUUUUAACGAUAAAGAAACGGGAGCUGCCGUCCGAGAGUUUGAGUCCGAGUCCGAGUCCUUUUACGCCACUCUCUAUUCGCGAGAAAAGCGUGCGUUUGCCGCAUACCCUCCUCGUCGAUCCUUGCGACGUUCAGCGUGUUUCUAGGCACAGAUUAAGAAUAUUGGAUAAACUCGGAGAAGGGAACUUUGGUUUGGUGCAUUUGUGCGAAGCGAAAGGAAUCGCGAGCGUAGAGAGAGGUAACGUGUUUGAAAAUCGACAAACCGUGAUCGUUAGGUCGCUAUGGCGGGGCGUCGUCGACUCUUUGAGGCUAGACUUUACGAAAGACAUGCAAAUUCUGGCGAUGCUUCGCGAUUUCAAUGUAGCCAAGAUGGUGGCGUUGGUGGAAGAGGAACCAUUUGGAGCUGUAUUCGAGUACGGCCAAUUCGGCGAUCUUUAUCAUUUUCUACAGUCUUACGAAAACGAUUUCAGUUACGGCGAUCGCUUGAAUUUCAUUAGCCAAAUCGCGUCCGGUAUGAAAUAUUUCGAAUCCCUGAACAUCCCUCAUUGUGAUUUGGCAGCUAGGAAUUGCAUCGUUUCUCAAAAUCUGACGAUAAAGGUGUCCGAUCACGCAAUGUUCUGUAAGAAAUACGAUCAUCAUUACUACAUCGACGGAUGCAACGCAAAGAUUCCUCUUCGUUGGAUGGCAUGGGAAGCGGUUCUCUUGGGUAAGCGUAACUGUGAAACGGACGUUUGGUCAUUUGCCGUGACCGUUUGGGAGAUUUGUAUGGAUUGUAAAGAGACGCCGUACGCUGAUUUAACCUCGGAGCAAGUUUUGGAGAAUUACGCUCGUUGGUACGAAGACGACGAGAAUGGUUCUACCAAGAAGGAGAAAAAUUCGCCUCGAAUUCUUUCGCGACCCAUCCAUUGCUCGGACAGUCUCUAUCUAAUGAUGAACAACUGUUGGAAGAAAGAGGCCGAGGACAGACCCAGCUUUGAGGAAAUUUAUCUCUACCUCGAGAGACUAGCCCUCGAUUGAACUUUGAUGAAAAUACUCAUGGUCGAGUAGCACGGACCAAAUCUAUUACAAUCAGCUAAGAAGCAUCCUGUUCAUUUCAUUUUUCAUUUUUCAAACUUUCUACGCUCGUACGUCUGGUUUUCCUCUUAAUCGUCUCGUUCGCUUCGCAACCGUCGUAGUCGUGUUAUAUUCGUCGCAGUCGACUCCGUCGCAGGAUGCUCUCUGGCCAUUAACUCGUAAUGCUCAAUUAGGUUUAUAUUCGAAUCAAUUUUUAUGCAUAUAAGAGUACAUAAAAAUUGCGCGUGGCUCCCUCCACAUUCUAUGUACUUGAGAAGAAAGACGCGCGCAAAACCAAAAUUUAGAAAAGUAUUUUAUUCGCUUUAGUUAGACGCAAAUGAAUUAUUUACGAUGGAACACCCUCGAUGAAAUGAAUCUUUUAAAAUAUUUUUCUUAUCUUCAAGACUGUCGUUUAUUUCUUAAGAUUUUCCAACAUCCUUUUCGGCCUUGUUCAAUGAGUAGAAUACGUUUCUAAAAUUUGGCAUAAAAUGUAUUCCUACAUGUACUUUGCGUACAAGUACGUACAUGUAACGUGUUACUUAAAACGUAGGUUUAUCGUGAUUGUCGUGAUUAAGCAGAUCCUUUGUUUUUUUUUAUAAAUCAUCGUAUUAUCGUAUUCUCGUAUGCUCGACUUCUCAUCUUCUAGAAUUUUCUAGAGAAGGAUAAUAUCGUUUAUCAUCAUCGUUCAGUACCUGAAACUUUUUUUUCUUAACAUUCAGUAAUGAUUAAUUAUUCGACGAUGCUCGAUCUGUUAUGUCAGUAUUAUUGCAAGUAUUUAGCGUGCAACGAAUGUCAGUAUUCACGCGUCUCCGAGCGAACGAAAGAGAUUUCCUCCUACAUUCUAACGUUUCGACUAACGAUAAGAGAAGCAUUCAUUUUUAUCGAAAUGUGCGCUGUAUUUGUAAUUAGACGUUAGCGAAUAAGUUUGCGCGCGUUACUAGAAACGAAACGGGACAAUCAGAGAAUUUCGCGAACGUUGAUAAUUAUCGAUCGAUUUGCCGAACGCUCGGCCGAAUCAGUGAUAAUCGGGAAAAAUUCCUACAUUGUGCGACUAAUAUCCUAACGCGAAACGAACCGUUUUUGCGCUCGCAUGCAAAUCGAUCGCAUUAAGCGUUGGUAUCGCGCGUACCUUUCUAUCGAAUCAUUUUUCUAGAUAACCGCGGUUGCGGUUCAUCGAAAUUUGUAAUACAAAUCAUACGUAUAUCCCAGUAAAAAUUAUAUUCUUCAUAUUUCCAACGUUACGGUGAAUAAAAAUUGUUAUAUACUA